AUGCCUGGUUAUAUUAAACCCAUAAAAGAAUGCCUUGCGGCACAAAGGUCUGACCAAAAGAGUAUUGUACCGCUCUUCUUGGCUCUUCGGAUACCCUGGAUGGGGCGGAGAAAGAUAGAAAUAAAGAGGAUCGAGAACCGAACAAAUCGACAGGUGACGUUCUCGAAGAGGCGAAGUGGGCUGAUAAAGAAGGCGCAUGAACUGUCGGUGCUCUGCCAGGCUGAAGUGGGUCUCAUCAUUUUCUCCAGCCGAGGGAAACUCCACGAGUAUGGCAGUCACGGCUGGAUGGGGCGGGGAAAGAUAGAAAUAAAGAGGAUCGAGAACCGAACAAAUAGGCAGGUGACGUUCUCGAAGAGGCGAAGUGGGCUGAUAAAGAAGGCGCAUGAACUGUCGGUGCUUUGCCAGGCAGAAGUGGGUCUCAUCAUUUUCUCCAGCCGAGGGAAACUCUACGAGUAUGGCAGUCACGGGAUAAGUGCGGCCUUGUCUAAUCUGCUUGGCAAUUGCUUAAAAUCAAUGGUAUUCCGAGUAGUUUGGUUUUUUAUAAUAUGUUUCUGA